UUUUUUUUUAAUCCCUUUUUUUAUUUAAAAAAAAAAAUUAAAAAAAAAAAUUUCUUUUUUAUUUCUUACAGGGGGGGGGGGGGGGGGGGGGGGUGGGGCAUGAGAGUGAGUCAUCAGACCACGUUCAAUAUCCAGGCACUAUGCUUCGGAGACUAUUGAUUGUUUUUUCCCUAGAGACAUAGUGAAAUGGUAACGUAAAGACGUAGCGAUUGUCUACGCCUCUAAGUGUUUACACUUUUGCUUCUCUAGUAGGAAGUGAAGCGAAAAAUCUGCCGAAUUUUCUAGUCUGUUUGAAAUUUUUCGCUCAAAAUUCGAAAGGCUUUUGACACUGUCGAACUUCGAAAGAAAAUCCCGACAGUGUCGAAAACUGACUGUCGAAAAAUAGAACUGUCGAACGGCGACAAAUUCAAUGCACUUAAAAUGGUUUCGUCCCGUACCUUUGCUUCUACGAAACCGAAAAGGGUUUAUCAAUGAAUCAAACCGUAUUUUUGAUGGAAAACGUUUUUUGGUCAAACUUAUUCUAUUCGGUUAUGAAGACAAAAUAAUCUUUGCACGUUUUUUGCUGGUUUAAUUAAAUUAUGUUUUUCGUUUUGUAGACGGUGAAUUGCCUAAUUUAUCUGUUCCACGUUUAAAUAUUCGUGGAUUUAACUGGAUGGGUCAAGGAUAUGUUUAUCGUUCGGCAUCAAAUGGCUGUAACAUUAACUGUUUUAGCCGUGUAAUUGAUGGAAAUGUUUCGGUGUUACCACAAGGUACAGGAAUAGCUGCAACAUGGAAUAAAUAUUUAAUCUUUCAAGCAGCUGUUAUGGUUAGUGAUGAAUCAAUGGCAAUACAAUACCAUUAUCCAAACAAAAGUGUUGAUUAUAAAGCUGGUGCAUCUAGUGUUAUUAAUAUUGCUAGAGAUGGCAGAUGGGGAAGAGUGCCAGAAACAUAUGUGUUAACUGGUGAGAUAGCCGUAGCAUUUAAUAAAGGUCUAAUGGGUUAUGCAACAUUAGAAGAUACACAAUUAGAAUAUGGCAUUUAUAAAGUUAUGCCUGUCAUGAGGCAUUUUAUUGAUUAUGAUGGCCCUGAUGAUGGUAGAUUUAGUUUUAAUGCAGAUAUCUCUGAUGCUGAUUUAAGAACUACAUUUUUACCUGUAUGGAAGAAACUUAUAGAUGAGAAUGCGAUAGUUGGUAUAAUGAGCUCAAUAAGCGCAGUAAAUGGUAUUCCAGCACCAGCAAAUAAAUAUUUACUGACUGAUGUAUUGCGUGGCGAAUGGAAUUUCACUGGAUUUGUUAUUAGUGAUUGUGAUCCAAUAGCCGCAAUACAAACGUCAUUUCAUUAUACAGCAACAAUAGAACAAGCUGUUGCCUUGUCUAUAAUAUCCGGUAAUGAUAUUAAUUGUGGUCCAGAAUAUAAAUUAUUGAAUAGUGCGCAUGCACAUGGUUUUGUUGAUUUUGACACAAUUGAUUUGGCUUUACGUCGAGGUUUACGUUCAAGAUUUUUGAGUGGUAAUUUUGAUCCCAUUGGAACUGAUCCAUAUUCGUAUAUACCUUAUUCUGUUGUUGAUAGUCCAAACCAUAAAUUAUUAACAAAACAAGUUGUUGUCGAAUCAAUUGUUUUAUUACAGAAUCCAAAUGGAAUAUUACCUUUUGAUUUAUCAACAACACGACAAAUUGCAGUUAUUGGUCCAUCAGCGGAUGAUUUAUCUGUACAAGCACAUACAUAUCAUGGUACACCAAGUAAAUGGAUAACAACAUUGAAUGGUAUACAAUCAAUAGCACUACAAUAUGGUAUAAAUGUUGUUAGUACGUGGGGUGCAUCUAGAACAAAUGACAGUCACGAAGACUUUUUACAUGCAAUAGAAUUAGCGAAUUCAAGUGAUAUCAUAUUAUUUGUUGGUGGAUUAGAUGAACGAUUUGAAGAAGAAGAUACUGAUCGUAGUUCAUUACAAUUACCGGGUGCACAAUUAGAUUUAAUAAUAGAACUAACAAAACUAAGUAAACCAUUUGCUAUAUUGAUCAUAUCUGGUUCACCAAUAUCAGAACCAACAGUAGUUAAAGCAAAUAGUGCAGCACUCUUAUGGGUGUCUUAUUUUGGACAAAGUGGUGAUGCUAUAGCAGAUAUUUUAUUUGGUUUAUCUGUACCAUCGGGUUGUUUACCAUUUACUAUACAAAUGGAUACAAGCCAAAUGCCUCCAAUAACUGAUUAUUCAAUGAUUAAAUCACCAGGUAGAACGUAUCGUUAUUUAGUUUACGACAAAGCACCGCCAUUAUUUCCAUUUGGAUUCGGAUUAUCUUAUUCUAAAUUUACACAUUCACAAUUAACUCUUUUUCCUAGUAAAAUUAAUAGGCUUGAUACGAUUAUUAUAGCAGAAGUUAACAUAUUAAAUGAAGGUCCAUUUGAUGCGCAAUUUGUAAUACAAUUAUAUUAUGAAUUUCCUAAUUCAACAGUAGUCGAAUUACCCCUACGUGAAUUAUUACAAUUUACUAAAGAAACAUUUCUGAAAAAUCAAAGUAAAACUAUUUCAUUUAUAUUUACUGUCAAAAAUAUUGCAGGUUCGAACCGACAACAAUUACCGGGCACGAUUAAUUUUUGGACUGGUAAUAGUAGAGAUAGACAAACAGAAGCAACACUUACGAUUGAUUUUGAUUCAUAA